CCGCUCCUGCAGACCCUGCGGAGCGACAAAAGCUACACCGAGACCCGGCCGCACCUGUCCAUGAUCCCCGCGCACCGCGCCUCGCACUUCGUCGCGGGCACCCUCUCCGGCGCCCACAAAGUCACCGUCCCGCCGUACGUCUUCACGCGCACCAAACCAACCCAAUCCCCACAGCGCGAACCACCCCACCAACCCCCACAGACCCAAGCAACUCUCGCGCAAACCAUCUCCCUCUUCCACCUGGGCACGACCCUCAACGGCCACCCGGGGUACGUGCACGGCGGCCUGCUGAGCGUGAUGUUCGACGAGACGUUCGCGCGCUGCGUGGCGGCCUCCUUCGCCAGCGGGGUGGGGAUGACGGCCAACCUGAGCGUGGACUUCCGGAAGCCCGCCCGGCCGGACCGGGUGUAUGUGCUGCGCGCCGAGACGGUGCGGGUCGAGGGCCGGAAGGCGUGGGUGGAGGGGUCGUUGACUUCGUUGCCUCCUGCGGGUAGUGCCUCCGAGGGAGAAGGGACGAUGGUCGCGGAGGCGAGGGCGUUGUUUGUCGAGCCGAAGUUUGCCGAGGUA